CAGAUCGACCAUGGCUGCUUAUGCAGCUCUGACUUCGCUCUUGCAUAUCUUAGAUGAUAUCAAGCAUCAUCCUUCCCCUCCCAUUUCUAUCCACCAACAAGAAGGAGACGAUGAAGAUAUCUGUGUCCAAAGCUCAGCUCCACAGAAGUGUCUCAGCAUCUGGUGGUUCGUCGAGAUCUUCCAUCAUGGUGGGGUUUGGUGACGCAUCACGUGAAAUCAUGGACAAGCUCACCAACGGAGUAGACGAUCGCCAACUCCAAGUCAUCCCUAUUGUAGGGAUGGGAGGGAUUGGCAAAGGUCGUUUAACAAUGGGAACCAAAUGCAAAGGGUGUUUCCUUCUUACAGUGCCGCCAAAGGACUCUGUCAUAUCCAAAUCUUCAUGUUUCAUCCUGUUUGGCAAUUUCCAAUCAAAAUGAUACAGAAGCAUAGCAAGCGGAAGCUCUACGUUUGCCAAUCCGAAUGACAUGCCGGGGCAUAUUCUCCUUCCUGCAACAAAAGUACUUGGGGUCUCUUCCUAAUGCCCACGCAUUCACUACCACUCUGGUUUUUGCUGGGAUUUCGUAUCCAUCAAUUUCACAUCUUUUGACGUUCAUUCUCGGGAUUAAAAGCGGAAGCGGAGGGUGCAAUCUCAAUGUCUCUUUGAUGACUUUGAAGUAAAGAAUAAAGCAUAGAGAUUGAUGGCAGCUUAUGCAGCUCUGACUUCGCUCUUACAUAUCUUAGAUGAUAUCAAGCAUCAUCCUUCCCCUCCGAUUUCUAUCCACCAACAACAAUUUGAAUCCAUCACUCAAACUGUUACCUCCUUGCAAGAAUUUCUUGAAACCUAUAAUUCCCCUUUUGCCAACACAAACGAAGCUGAUCCGUUGGAGAUUCGUAUUGCAGAAGCAGCUUAUGCAGCCCAAGAUGUGAUCGAGUCCCAUAUUAUGGACAUGAUCAAGCUGCGUAAAUCCAGCGGAGCUUAUCAUGGACAAAUACACUCGGGAGGAGAAACCAGCAGUAUGCAAAGUAAACCGCUGAUGUGGUUCAAUUACUUUGGAUUUCUAAUGAAACCCAUAUAUCAUGGCAGGAAAAUCAGUUACAUAGAUAAUCUAUGUUUGAAGAAAGUUAUAAAAGACAUGGAUUUGGUCAAGAAGGAGGCGAUGAAGAUAUCUGUGUCCAAAGCUCAGCUCCAGAGAAGUGUUUCAACAUCUGGUGGGUCAUCAAGAUCUUCCAUCAUGGUGGGUUUUGGUGAUGCAUCACGUGAAAUCAUGGACAAGCUCACCAACGGAGUAGAUGAUCGCCGACUCCAAGUAAUCCCUAUUGUAGGGAUGGGAGGGAUUGGUAAGACCACCCUCGCUAAACAUGUUUAUGCACAUCCUUAUAUUAAGGAGCAUUUUGAUAUUCGUGCAUGGGUUACAAUUUCUCAAUCUUUUGACACAAGAGAAAUUCUUUGUGAGCUGCUUUCUCAAGCCAACAAAAAAAGCAAGGAAGAAAUGAGUGGAAUGAGUGAAAAUGAAGUAGGAUUAGCACUCCACAAAUAUUUAUUCAACAGGAGGUUUAUAAUUGUUAUGGAUGAUAUGUGGAGUGUCGAUGCAUGGGAUAAGAUGCAAAAUUUCUUUCCUGAUAAUUGGAAUGGUAGUCGCAUAGUGGUGACGACUAGGCAAUCACAGUUGAGUUCUCAAUUGAACAAAAAUUAUUGCCUUCGAUUGAAGUUAUUAGAUGAGGUUAGUAGCUGGGAUCUAUUCUCCAACUCCGUGUUUGGGGAGGAGAGUUGUCCACUUGAAUUGGAGGACAUUGGGAAGAAAAUUGUAGAGAAUUGUAGAGGACUUCCUUUAGCAAUUGUUGUGGUGGGAGGCCUUUUGAAAAAAAUGGAACACACUAAAGAAUGUUGGGAAUCGAUAAGGACAAACUCAAGUUCGGUAGUGAAUUCGGCUGAUGAAGAUUUUUGCUUGAAAAUUCUGAAACUAAGCUACAGUCAUUUGCCAGUGUAUUUGAAGCCAUGUUUUAUAUACAUGGGAGUGUUUGAUGAAGACCGUGCAGUUCGUGUCUCAACACUCGUCAAGUUGUGGGAUUCUGAAGGGUUUCUAAGACCACAAAGUGGGAAAAGCUUGGAAACAAGCGCAAAAGAGUACUUAAAUGAGUUAGUUGAUAGAAAUCUCAUUCUAGUUCAUGAGUUGGGGUCGACUGGAAACAUAAAGCGUUGCAAAGUUCAUGAUCUAUUGAGAGACCUUUGUUGCAGAGAAGCUGGGAAACAGGGCUUUUAUUAUGUGACAGGGAAACAUGAGUCUCAGGCCUUAAAUAGGCAACGUUGUGUUGUUAUUCCUCGAGGCACUUCAAAGGACGAGGUUCGUGAUGCCUUACAAUCUAUGCCGCUUGCUCGUACGCUUUUAUGUCAUUGUGAUGAAGUUGUUCCGAUGCCUGAGUCUAGACUAUUGAGGACAUUGAAAGCUUUUGAUACAGAUAGAAGUGGAAGCCACAAUUAUUUGUUUGAUGAUUUGUUCCAGUUUGUGAACUCACGGUAUCUCGCUGUUGGAGUUCAGAGGGUGUCUGAAAUCCCCUCUUCAAUCACUUUUCUCUGGAAUCUACAAACACUUAUUAUUUUUCAUUCUACAAUGGUUGAUGCAUCAUAUAUUUCGGGGAUGACUCAACUUAAGCAUAUUGAGUUCCAUAAAGGAGAUAUAUUUAUGAAACAUCCUCCUGCUUUUCCCUGGGUCGUCAUGAACAAUCUACAAACGCUCAAAGGAGUUGCUCUGAAUUUUCCUGUUAAGUAUAUCCCCUAUAUAAAGAAAUUGACAGGAACUAAUUUUGCACUUGGAAAUCUUAUGUAUAUGGUUAAACUAGAGUCCUGUCGGUGUUAUGAACCUAAUUGGAGCUUGGAUACCAUUUUUCCACGCUGUCUUAAGAAGUUGAGCUUGGGAUCACACACCUCCAGUUGGGUAUUGACUGGACUGAAUCUUGAAAAGAUAGGUGCAUUACCUCUUCUUCAGAAGCUUAAAUUGGAACGAGCUGGUUUCGAAAAUGGCGUGUGGGAAACAAGUGAAGAACAGUUCCCAAGCCUCAAAUACUUGGAACUGAAAUGGUGUCGUUUGGUAUCCUGGAUAACAGAUAGCUCUCACAUUCCAUGCCUUGAGAAACUUCGUCUUUACGCAAUAAAGGAAUUGAAGGAGAUCCCUUGUGAAAUUGGUGAAAUACCAACGAUGCAAUCAAUCCACUUGGAAUAUUGCAGCAAAUCAGUGGUAGAGUCUGCCAAGGCAAUAGCAGAGGAGCAAGAUGAAAUACAAGUUCGAGCUGUGCUCUUCAACAACAGCAACAACCAAGCAUUAAGGUGGAGCCUCGCAGGCCCCAACUUUUAAGUUGAGAUAGACUAUUUUUAGUCUGAAACAUUGAGAUGUAAUCUCUCUCUGUCUGUCUGUUCAUGGACUGAUGAGGCCGCUUAUGUCGGAAGUGGGAUGCGCGGAUUGACAUCAACUAUUUUCGGUGUGUUCUGUUUUGAGCGUUUUUCUUUGCAAGUACUGUUUGAGCAUGUUUGCUAGUUCCAUUGAAUUUGUAACUCUUACUUACCAUAGAGUCCAUUUUGUUGCUACCAGUUGGCUUGUUUAUUUGCUUGAAUUUGUUUCAAAUAAUAAAUUAUUGGUUUGUUUA